UGCCCCCCCGGACGCCCCCUGCCCCGCCCCAGUCAUGCAACUCUACCUGCCUCUGCGCUGUGGACCUUUGGGAAGCAGUCGCCCACCCCGGGGGCUCGGGCCCUGACCCUGCCAGGCAGCCGACCAAAACCUCGUGCAACUGAGCACAACCAUGGUGCAUGCAGAUUCUCCUCUGAAGUGAGACUUUCCAAAGGACCAAUGACUCUGUCCCUCGUGCCCUUUCAGAUUUUCCUACUUCAUAGCAAUGUCUCGAUCUCGCCACGCAAGACCUUCCAAAUUAGUCAGGAGGGAAGAUCUAAACAAAAAGAAAAACAAUCAACUGAAGAAGGGAUCUAAGCCAGCCAACAAAAAUGUGGUGACUGUCAAGACUGUGAGCCCUGGAAAAUUGAAGCAAUUCGUGCAAGAAAGAGAUGUUAAGAAAAAAACAGAACCCAAACUGACUGUGCCAGUCAGAAGCCUUCUGACAAGAGCUGGAGCAGCACGAAUGAAUUUGGAUAGGACCGAGGUUCUUUUUCAGAACCCAGAGUCCUUAACUUGCAAUGGGUUUACAAUGGCUCUGCGAAGCACCUCUCUUAGCAGACGACUGUCCCAACCCCCAGUGGUCAUAGCCAGACCCAAGAAAGUUCCACCACCUAAGAAUCUAGGAAAGCAACAUGAGUGUGAUUAUAAGGUACUUACAGAUACGGGAGUAAAGCACUCAGAAAAUGAUUCAGUCCCAAUGCAAGACCCCCCAAUCCCCCCUGAUAUAGAGAAGCUAAUUGGCAUACAAAAUGCAUCUUUCAUUAAAGAUGAGAGCCAAAAGACAACCCAGUCUUGGUCCCAAGGUGUUGAGGAUUCCAGAAUAAUUUGCUCUACUCCUAGUGACCCUGCAGCAGAGAUUCUUUCUGGGUCACUGGAAGGGACAUGUGGUGGAGAAGGACUGUUCUCUAGAGAGACAUUGAAUGAUAUCAGUGAUUCCCCUAGAAUGUUUGCUCAGGACACUGUCUGUGUUCCUUUGCUCCAAAGAGCAGCCCUCAAGGUUACCUCUGAAGGAAACCCCAGCAUUCAGUUAGAAGAUUUGGGUUCACGAGUAGAAUCUCUUAAGCUGUCUGAUUCUUACCUGGAUCCCAUCAAAAGUGAACAUGAUUGCUGCCCCACCUCCAGCUUUAAUAAGGUUGUACCUGCAUUGGACCUUAGAAACUGUUUGUCUAUUGGUGGGUCGAUAUAUCCUACCUCAUUAAUAAAACUCCUCUUGGCAGGUUCAGAACAAGAAACCCUUGGUGCUAAACCAGAUCAUCAAGAGGUACGCAAAGCUACCCCAGAUCAACAGGAAGUUCCUGAUACCACCCCUGUGCUAGCACAGGCCUUGAGUGCUAUCCCACAUCAAUGGGAAGUUCCUGGUGCUAACCCAGUUCAUGGAGAGCCUUUGGGUGAGAUCCCAGACCCACCAGAGAUUCUUGGUGCUAUUCCAGUCCAAGGAGAGGUCUUUGGUGCUAUCUUAAAUCAACAAGUCCUUGGUAUGGGUAGUGGUUCUGCCUCAGACCCGCCUGUCUUUCUUCCUGGCCCUCUUAACCCAGUUGCUACCUGUAAUGCUCUCCCAGCAUGGCCUGAGCUCCAGGGCACUGUUUCAUCUGGGCUUGAGGUCCCGGGCACUAUGCAGAUUUUGCCUUCGGGCUCAGGUCACACUCCUCAACCAUCAUCAAACUCAGAGAUAAUUUUGGUACCUCCUGUAAUACCUAUGAACAAUAUAGAAAAUGAGAAGAAGAUUCACAUAAGCUUUCUGCCAGCUCACACUCAGGGGUUCACAUUAGCCCCUGAGAGAGGACUCCAGCCGGCUCCACAGGGCAUCACCCGACUCUCCCUGGUGAGUCCCAGCACAUUGGAAGGAGGCAGCUCCCAGAUCAGUGCCACCAGCUUGGUUGAUGUCAACCCCACUGUGGCAUCUAGGCCAGUGCCACUUGCUAGUACCUCUUCUCCUUCCUACACAACUCUGCUACCUACCUUGGAAAAGAAGAAACGAAAGCGAUGUGGGGUCUGUGAGCCCUGCCAGCAGAAGACCAAUUGUGGUGAAUGUACUUACUGUAAGAAUAGAAAGAACAGCCAUCAGAUCUGUAAGAAGAGGAAAUGUGAGGAACUGAAAAAGAAGCCAUCUGUCAUUGUGUCUUUGGAGGUUGUAAAGGAAAACAAGAGGCCCCAGAGGGAAAAGAAGCCCAAAGUUUUAAAGGCAGAUUUUGACAACAAACUGGUAAAUGGCCCCAAGUCAGAAUCCAUGGAAUACAGUAGUUGUGGUCAUGAGGAAGAACAGAGAUUGGAAUUGAAUUCAUGUCCCUUAGAAAAUGUAACUAAAAAUGAAGAAAGUAUGACAGGUAUUGAAGUGGAGAAUUGGACCCAAAACAAGAAAUCACACUUAACUGAUCAUGUCAAAGGAGAAUUUAGUACAAUUAAAACAGAAGUUGAAAAUUUGAAAAACUCUGAAGAUGACAGGAAAAAAAUUCUACUUACUGACCUCCUUGAACCUCAAAAAUUGUUUGCACAAACUGUAAGAAAUGGCAUUAAAAAUGUACACUAUUUACCAACUGAAACAAAUUUGUCUUUUAAAAAAAUCAACAUUGAAGAACUUGGCAAGGCAUUUGAAAACAAUCCUUAUAAAUUCCUGAAAGACACCGCAAACCAUAACAAUGUCAUGAGCGGCAUUGCUACUAGUGCGAGCUGUGAUCAUCUCAAGGGGAAGAGUAAUGUUUUGGUUAUUCAGAAGCCUGGCUUUAAUUGUAAGUCUUUCCCAGAUCCUGUGAACUGCAACUUAAAUAGUCAUACUAGUAUACACAAUGAAAGUGAUCAACCAAAAUCCCUAGAAAUUAUCGCAAAUAGAGAACUAAAAGAAGGGUCAACACUUCAACCAAGUCUCCUAUCCCUAAUGAAAGAUAGGAGAUUAACACUAGAACAAGUAGUGGCCAUAGAAGCUCUCACACAACUUUCAGAAGCCCCAUCAGAAAAUUCCUCUCCAUCGAAGUCAGAGAAGGAUGAAGAAACAGAACAGAGAACAGCUAGUUUGCUUAAUAGCUGUAAAGCUAUUCUGUAUUCUGUGAGAAAAGACCUCCAAGACCCAAGCUUAAAAGGGGAGCCACAGAGCCUUCAUCACUGUCCGUCUUUGGAAAAGCAAAGCUCAUGCAACACUGUAGUGUUCAAUGGCCAAAAUAUCAUUUCUAAGUCACACAACAGCUCACCUAGUGACCAAGCAUCCACAAAGGCACAGGAAAAUUCAAUGGUCACAAAUUCAAUAUCACUUUUUAUACCAAAUUCAAAUUCAUCUAAAACAGAUAACAAUAAAAAUAUUGCUCAAGGUAGGAUUACUCUUGACAGUUCUAGGAAUUUGCAGCAGUUGACCACAAUAACUAGCAAAUCAGAGUAUUGUAACCAGUCACUGGACAACAGCAUCAAGUUGGAUUCAAAGGAUAAUUCAUCAUGCCAAGAUUCAGUUCAUAGUAAGAUAGAAGAAGAUGUUGCCGCACAGUUAACACAACUUGCAUCAAUGAUUAAAUUCAAUUAUGUGAAACCAGAGGACAAAAAAGUUGAAAGUACACCAACAAGCCUUGUUGCAUAUAAUGUCCAGCAAAAGUAUAACCAAGAGAUGGGCACAACACCACAGAAACCACCUUCCAGUGUACAAAAUAAUCAAGGCUCAUCAGUAACAAAGCAAAAGAACACAAUCCAGAAAAAGACAAAAUCUACUCCAUCAAGAGAUAGACGGAAAAAAAAGCACAUGGUCAUAAGUUGUCAAGAAAAUGACCAGAAAAAGCAGGAACAGUUGUCAUAUGAGUAUAGUAAAUUACAUGACAUUUGGAUAGCAUCUAAAUUUCAAAGAUUUGGUCAAUUUGGUCCACAUGAUUUUCCCAUUCUAUUGGGAAAAAUUCCUCCCCUAACUAAAGUAUGGAAACCACUGACUCAAACAAGUUCAGCAUUAGAACACAAAAAAUUAUUUCCUCCACUCACUCAGAUAAAAUUUGAGAGAUAUUAUCCUGAAUUAGCACAGGAAAAGAUGAAGGUUGAACCCCUGGAUUCUAUCCCCAUAAUCCAGUUAAAAACAGAAUCCAAUGGGCAGGCGUUUACAGAAAAUGCAUAUACUCAGGUACAGCCAACAGUGAAUGUCAAUCAGAAAGCUCAUCCUUUACUCCAGCCAGCCUCUCCAACCAACCAGUGUGCUAAAGUCCUGGAUGGCAGUGACCAAAGACAGUUCCAAGAGGAUGUUAAAGACCAACUCAUGCAUCAGAGACUGCCAACAUUUCCCGGUAUCUCUCAUGAGACCCCUUUGCCAGACCCAGCACAAAUUCUCAGGAACCUAAAUGUAGUAUGUUCAGGUGGAAUUACAGUGGUUUCUACCAAAAGUGAAGAGGACGUCUGUUCAUCUAGUGUUGGAACAUCAGAAUGUUCCCCAAUAAACAGUGCACAGAAAAGUUUUAAUGAUUAUGCGAUGAACUUCUUUACCAAUCCUACGAAAACCCUGGUGUCCACAACGAAAGAUUCUGAAUUGCCUACUUGCAACUGUCUUGAUCGAGUUAUACAAAAAGACAAAGGCCCAUAUUAUACACACCUUGGGGCAGGACCAAGUGUUGCUGCUGUCAGGGAAAUCAUGGAGAAUAGGUAUGGUCAAAAAGGAAAUGCAAUAAGGAUAGAAAUAGUAGUGUACACAGGGAAAGAAGGAAAAAGCUCUAAUGGGUGUCCAGUUGCUAAGUGGGUUUUAAGAAGAAGCAGCGACGAAGAGAAAGUUCUUUGUCUGGUUCGACAGCGUACAGGCCACCACUGCCCAACAGCUGUGAUGGUGGUGCUCAUCAUGGUAUGGGACGGCAUUCCUCUCCCCAUGGCGGACAAAUUGUACUCGCAGCUUACCGAGAGUCUCAAGUCAUACAACGGUCAUCCCACAGACCGAAGAUGCACGCUCAAUGAAAAUCGUACCUGUACAUGUCAAGGAAUUGAUCCAGAGACUUGUGGAGCUUCCUUCUCUUUUGGCUGUUCAUGGAGUAUGUAUUUCAAUGGCUGCAAAUUUGGUAGAAGCCCAAGUCCUAGAAGAUUUAGAAUUGAUCCAAGUUCUCCCUUACACCACUACUAUGAAAGAAUUACUAAAGGACGUAAUCCAGAAAGAAGAUAUAUGAAACCGGAACCAAUCUGUCCGGAACACGAGGCCAUGGAAAAAAACCUUGAAGAUAAUUUACAGAGUUUGGCUACAGAAUUAGCUCCAAUUUAUAAGCAGUAUGCUCCAGUUGCUUAUCAAAACCAGGUGGCGCUUGAACAUAUUGCCCGAGAAUGUCGGCUUGGGAAGAAAGAAGGUCGUCCUUUCUCCGGGGUCACUGCUUGCCUAGACUUCUGUGCCCAUCCCCACAGGGACAUUCACAACAUGAAUAAUGGCAGCACAGUGGUCUGCACUUUAACACGAGAAGAUAACCGCUCAUUUGGUGUUAUUCCUCAAGAUGAGCAGCUGCAUGUGCUUCCUCUUUAUAAACUUUCAGACACAGAUGAAUUUGGAUCAAGGGAAGGAAUGGAAGCCAAGAUCAAAUCUGGGGCCAUCAUGGUCCUUGCACCCCGCCAGAGAAAAAGAAUGCGAUUUACUCAACCCGUUCCUCGUUCUGGGAAGAAGAGAGCAGCGAUGAUGACAGAGGUUCUGGCGCAUAAGAUAAGGGCUGUGGAAAAAAAAUUUAUUCCUCGAAUCAAGCGGAAGAAUAAUUCAAUGACAAACAACAGUAAGGCUUCAUCACUGCCCCUUUUAGGGAAUAAAACAGAGACAGCGCAACCUGAAAUAAAAAGUGAAACUGAACCCCAUCUUAUCUUCAAAGGUUCGGACAACACUAAAAGCUACUCACCAACCCCGUCCAUUCCUCACCCAGUGAAAGAGGCAAACUUAGCUCCAGCCUUCUCCUGGUCCUCUAAGACUGCUUUGGUCACAACAGCUCCUUUUAAGAAUGAUGCAUCACUUUCGUACGGGUUUCCAGAAAGAGGUAGCAAUCCCCACUGCACAAUGCCUUCUGCAAGACACAGUGGUGCUAAUGUAGCUGCUGGGGAAUGCGCUGAAAUUGCACAGCCUGGUGAAAUGGUUCCUCUUCCCACCUUGUCUACUCCUAUGACAAAUUCCCUGGGUUAUUCUGAGCCUCCCAUUGGCCCAUCUGAGCAGCUAACUUCCAAUCAGCCAAACCAGCAGCCUCCAUUCAUCACUUCUCCUCAUGAGCUUGCUUCCUCUUUGGUGGAAGAAGAUGAGCAGCCUUCUGAAGCAGAUGAGCCUCCAUCAGACGACCCCCUUUCGGAUGACCCUUUGUCACCUGCUGAGGAGAAACUGCCCCACAUUGUUGAGUAUUGGUCAGACAGUGAGCACAUCUUCCUGGAUGCCAAUGUUGGUGGCGUGGCCAUAGCGCCUUCCCACGGCUCGGUUCUGAUCGAGUGCGCCCGGCGAGAGCUUCACGCCACGACUCCUGUCGAACACCCCAACCGAAAUCACCCUACGCGCCUCUCUCUUGUCUUCUACCAGCACAAAAACCUGAAUAAACCCCAACACGGUUUCGAACUAAACAAGAUUAAGUUUGAGGCAAAAGAAGCUAAGAAUAAGAAAACUAAGGCCUCCGAGCAGAAAGACCAGGCAGCUAACGAGGGUAUUGAACUGUCCACAGAAGUUAAUGAAUUUAGCCAGAUUCCUUCUCACAAAGCAUUAACAUUAACCCAUGACAAUGUUGUCACUGUGUCCCCUUAUGCUCUCACACAUGUUGCGGGGCCCUAUAACCAUUGGGUCUGAAGGCUUUUCUCCCCUUCUUAAUGCCUUUGCGAGUGCAGUGUAUUUUUUCAAGGUGCUCUUAAAAGAAAGUCAUGUUGUCGUUUACUAUAGCUUCAUCUCACCCAUUUGAAGGCUGAGGUUAAAAAAAAAAAAUUGGGGGUGGGUAUUUCUUAACUGUGACUAUAUUUUGACAAUUGGUAGAAGGUGCACAUUUUAAGCAAAAAUUAAAGUUUUAUAGUUUUAAAUACAUAAAGAAAUGUUUUGGUUAGGUGUUAACCUUGAUAGAAUCACUCAGUUUGGUGCUUUAAAUUGUUUACUAUGAAACGAGUCAUUUUUAGAGGAUUUUAACAGGUUCAUGUGCUAUGACGUAAAAUUAAGACACACAGUGUUAACUCUACACAGCUCCUGGUGCUUGACCACAUCGACACAAAAAUAAGCUGAUUUAUUAUUUCAUGGUGCCAUUGUUCCAACAUCUUCCAAUCAUUGCUAGGAAAUCGGCAUAUCCCUUUGAAAUAAACCAAUGAAGUGUUUUCUCUCUUAAAAUAUUUCUCCUGUAUAAAAUAACUCAUCAUUGUUAGUAAUGGUUGGAAGCUGUUCAUAAAUUGUAAAUAUAUAUUUUAAAAGCACUUUCUAUUUUUAAAAGUAACUUGAAAUAGUAUAGUAUAAGAAUCCUAUUGUCUAUUGUUUGUGCAUACUUGCAUACAAGAGAAAUCAUUUAUUCUUGCUGUGUAGAGUUCCAUCUUGUUAACUGCAAUGUGUAUCCUAAUCAUGUAUAUGGUUUGUGUUUUUUAAAUGUGUCCUUUCUCAUUCAAAGGUUAGCUACUUAUAUAAAAUAGUUAGAUCAUGCAAAAAAUGUUAAUUCUCUGUAAAAUUGAAAUUAGGAAGCAUAUCACCAAUAUUGAUUAACUUUUCUUUGGAACUAAAUAAGAGUGGUCUCUUCUGAUUGAGCAACAAUGGCCCUGAUUUACUUUCACCCCAGCUUUUGCAAUAUAAUCCAUAAAAGAUGUUUCCAAAAAGAGAUGAGACUUAAGAUGAUUCUGAAGAGUCAAAUGCUUCUAAAGUUUCAAGGUGAUAAAAUUAAAAAAUUAAGUGGCAAGAACCUUAUCUACCCCUUAUUCAUUCUGAAAGUCAUUCUGGUUCAGAAGACAAAUAAAAUUCCUGUAGAAAUUUU